AUGAAGCUGAAGACACUUUUCGGCGACUCGAUUGCCUUAGCAAACAUCGCACGCGUCACUGCUCAAGAAAAAUGCGGCUCUAAUUUUCCCGAACCAGAAGCAGUCCAAGCUGCAUCUUCUCUCCGUUCAGCACAUCGAGCAGAGGGCUUUUCCAGCGGCUUCCUCGGUAAGAGGGCCGAGGGCUUGCUGAUCCCUACCUAUCUUCACGUGGUUGAGGAUGAGGCGCACGCAGGGAACACGUCGCACACCGUCAAUGACGCCUGGACCCGUCAAGCCCGUAUCAAGGAGAAGGCCGAAGCUCUGCGCCAAGGCGGCUACGAUGAACUCAACAUCUACUUCGAGACGGGCAUGAUGACAAAUGCCGGUUCCGCGACGGGAAUUUGCAGCUUUCCGGUGGAAGAUCCUUGGAACACCGGAAUCAACGGCACUUCAUGGUACACUUACGACGGCUGCCACGUGAGUGUCGGCACUAUGCCUGGGGGACCAGGCGUGCCUUGGGACCCGGAAGACAACAAGGGAAAGACGGCGACGCACGAGGUGGGGCACUGGUUUGGGCUCUUCCAUGUUUUCGAUGGUUUCGACUGCAACGGCGAGGGUGACUACAUCGACGACACCCCGGCGACUCAGGUUGCGACGGUUGGGUGUCCUGUUGAGCAGGAUUCCUGCCCGGAUCAACCUGGACUCGACCCCAUUCACAAUUACAUGGAUUACUCGAAGCAUGACUGUCUCUCGGAGUUCACUCCCCUGCAGGAGGAACGAAUGUACCGGUCUUUCAACACUCUCAGGUUAGGACGGUAA